CAGUAGGCGUGUAUGAUUUUCAAUUGUAAAGAAAAAUGGCUUACUUUAUGCAUUCUCCUAAGAGAUAAAGAGAGCAAAAGAAGAAGCAAACAAGCUAGUGGCGACUGACACAGCUUCUUCUGCAAUCAGCUGAUUUUCACAAAUAAAAAUCGUACACACUUACAGAGUCCAAAUCAUCGUUUUUUACGCGUUCAUUUGAUUAUAUGUAUUAAUUAAUCAUUCGAUAACUCGCAAAUUUUGCAAAAUGGUACAUGACUUUUCGAUUCAAACUCCAAUCUACUUUUACACUUCGGCUGUGUCAAAAGUUUUUAGACAUCCUGUAUAUUAUGUAUGUGUGUGUACACACACAUAGUAAUACGUAUAUUGCAUAUUAUUUAAACACAGUAGUUGCACACAGGAAUUAAACAAGAAGCGCAAAACGUGAUUCAGCAUGACAUAAACUUGCUGCUACAGUCAUUCUAAGAAGAACUUUUGGAACGAGCUUAAAAUAAGCACAAGAAAAAGAAAAGGAUAGAUGGGCAAACAAACAACAAAUUACGUGUGAACAAAAUGUCCGAAAGCGAGACAAAGCCAGCUUCGCCGAUACCUACGGUGAUGUGCGCACAAUGCGGAGGUGAUGAAGGAAACAGUAGUACUUUGGUAACCACACAAUGUCCGGCUCUGCAGGUCACCUCGCGGAUGUUGCGUUCGCCGAGUCACGAGAGCGUUACUACAGAUCUAUCACUUUUUAGUGUGUCGUCGAUUGCGAGCGAUUUGCGAAGUACUAACAGAUUAAUUACCUUUAAGUCUUACAGCGACGCGCACUUUAUUGGGCGAGGACCUUCUCCGAAACCUGACUCCCGACAGAUUCAGGGUAACAGGCCAGCAGACAUACCUGAGAUUCUAUGGUUCGAGGAGGAGAACGAGUUGAUCCGUAGUUGCGGAAUGUUGUCAUCGGCAUUAGGAUUGCGCAAGAGUUUUAGUACAAGCGACGUGUCGCAACUACCUAGUCCGGAUGCGACGGAAACCAGUGGCCUCCGAACGGCGGUGUCUGCUCUAGCUCUUGAUACUGCUCAGCGUAAUACCUUGCUACUGGAGCACGCUAGGCUGGGCCAUGCUUCGAGAUCUUGUAGCACAUGGGUGGCUGUAGGUGAACCAGUGGCUAGUACAUCUCAGCUUCCUAGUCCACAUGGUAGUGCUGCACAAGAACAGCAACAACUGCAACAAUCUCAACAACAAUUACAAGUGCAACAACAAUCGCAACACUCUUCCUCAAACGUUCAAUCGGUGCAGCAACUACCGCCGCAACCUCCAGUUCCUCCUCCACCACCUGUUCCCUUUACCGGAGCGGAUCUUGUUAGAUCUGUCAAUAAAAAAGUUCGACAAAACUAUAUACGACGAAGGCUACUAACUACAUAUCGUGCUUUGGAACGUCUUUCGCAAAGUGAAUUUAACUUAGACCAACUAGAAGCAGCAGCUACUGCAGCACAGACUUCUCAUGGAACAACUUUAUUGGUGCCCGGCACAGCUGCACGAGUGUCUGGUGCUUCCCUGAUUGGACGGAAAGAGCGGAAUCACGCACUAACAGUUCGUGAUGUAGAGAGAGAACGUGGGAAUCAACUAUCCAAGUACGAAAGAAAUAUGAUGAUCUUCAAUUGGCUUCAUACUCUGGACGAUAGUGCAGUUGUAGACAGUAUUGAAUAAGAGAUAAAAACAGACAACGUGCAACCUAUCGUGCCUCUAAAUUUGUUUCUUUUUGGUACUACCUUAUUAAGGAUAUUUUGUCAAUACAAAUAUCGCAUUAUUGCAGCCCGGAGGAUAGUGUUAAUAUAUUAGGCUUCUGAAUUUAGCUAUUGAAGUAUAAUGUCUAAAAAACAAAGGUAUGGUAUAUGAAUUUUUAUUUUAUACUAUUUAUGAAUUUCUAUUUUAUACUAUUUUUUUAUUGAGAUAAAUUAGUUUCUUUUGCGUAUUUCGCUCUACAUACUAUUACAGCAGUUAUCUACUAAUUGCACGAUUUAUAAAGAGAAAAUUUAGUAUAUUUUAUACAAAUUAAUUACAGUGAAUACAAAUGAUACAAAAUGUA